UUUUGGCUUAUUUUCACAGUUUUGGGGCAAAAAAUAAUACACAGAGAGAGACAGAGUCCUACAGUUUCUGGCAUAAACAGGAAACUGAAAGAGAAACUUGGGUUUUUUUUCUUCCCUUUUGUUUGCAACUUUUGGUCCUUCUCUUCAGAAUUUCACUUCAUACCCAAAAUUGGGAUUUCUUCCUCCAAAGGGAAGGUGGUGUUUGGAAUCUGAGAAAAAAAUGGGGUUGAUUUCUGGGAUUUUCAUGGGUAUCUUGUUUGGCAUAGCAUUGAUGGCAGCAUGGGAGCGCAUGAUGAGGUACCGAAGCGCCAAGCGAAUUGGAAAGGCAGCUGAUAUUAAAAUCCUUGGAUCCCUUAACAGAGAAGAUCUGAAGAAACUUUGUGGCGAUAGUUUGCCGGAGUGGAUAUCUUUUCCUGCAUAUGAGCAAGUGAAAUGGCUAAACAAGGAGCUGUCCAAACUUUGGCCAUUUGUGGCAGAUGCAGCAACUUUGGUUAUCAGAGAAUCUGUUGAACCACUACUAGAAGAUUACAGACCUCCUGGAAUUACUUCUUUGAAGUUCAGCAAGUUGUCACUUGGAAAUGUUGCUCCGAAAAUUGAAGGUAUUCGAGUUCAAAGUCUUACCAAAGGUCAAAUCAUAAUGGACAUUGAUUUCCGUUGGGGUGGUGAUCCCAGUAUUAUUCUUGCUGUUGAAGCUGCACUCGUUGCAUCAAUCCCUAUACAGUUGAAGGAUCUACAGGUUUUCACCAUUAUCCGAGUUAUAUUCCAACUUGCUGAAGAGAUCCCUUGCAUUUCUGCUGUCGUUGUUGCCUUACUUGCCGAGCCGGAACCCAAAAUUGAUUACACUUUGAAAGCUGUUGGUGGAAGUUUGACAGCAAUUCCCGGAAUUUCAGAUAUGAUUGAUGAUACAGUGAAGUCAAUUGUUACUGAUAUGCUCCAAUGGCCUCAUAGGAUUGUUGUUCCCCUUGGCGGCAUACCUGUUGAUACUAGUGAACUGGAGCUUAAACCACAGGGAAAGCUUACAGUCACCAUAGUCAAAGCGAACGAGUUAAAGAAUAUGGAAAUGAUUGGAAAAUCAGAUCCUUAUGUCGUUUUGUAUAUUCGACCCUUAUUUAAGGUUAAAACCAAGGUUGUUGACAACAACUUGAAUCCUGUUUGGAAUCAGACAUUUGAUGUGAUUGUAGAAGACAAGGAGACACAGUCACUUAUUCUUGAGGUUUUUGAUAAAGAUAUUGGACAAGAUAAGCGAUUGGGAGUAGUAAAGUUGCUCCUCAAUGAUCUGGAAGCAGAAACUGAAAAGGAUCUUGAAUUGAGGCUGUUGCCAUCUCUCGAUACAUUGAAGGUUAAAGACAAGAAGGAUCGAGGAACCUUGUUUAUAAAGGUCUUUUAUCACCAAUUCAACAAGGAAGAGCAAUUGGCUGCACUAGAAGCCGAGAAAGAGAUACUAGAAACGAGGAAGAAACUGAAGGCGGAGGGAGUGAUAGGAAGCACGAUGGACGCACUAGAUGGAGCAGCGUCGAUAGUAGGGUCCGGUGUUGGUUUUGUUGGUUCUGGUGUUGUUGCCGGCGCAGGGCUUGUUGGAAGCGGUCUUGGCGCUGGAGCCGGACUUGUUGGAAGUGGUCUUGGUGCUGGAGCUGGGUUUGUUGGUAGUGGUCUUGGAGCAGUUGGUAGCGGCUUUGCUAAAGCCGGGAAGUUCAUGGGGAGGACAAUCACAGGUGGCCAUAGUGGUUCCCGAAGGAGCGGCUCGUCGACACCGGUGAAUAAUGGACAGGAGAGUGGUGGUGGUGCCAAGCCUUUGUAAUGUAACCUUUGCAUUGAAAGAGUAAAUGAGAGUAAUCUAUUAUAUAUUAUCUAUGUUACCUUUUUUCUUUCAUAGUGUUCUUCUCUAAGGUUGUUUUGUUAAUUUUAGAUUGAAACAUGAUAGCAUAAAUAUCAAUUUAGUUCAGGUGGUGAACCAUCUUUGUAUGUAAAAUUGUGGUUUGACAUGGAUUUGUAAUAAAAAGAAAAAAAGAACAAAUUGUAAAAUUCCUUAUUUAA